AGUGGGGAACACACGGUCAGAGUUGUCUUGCUGGCUUAGUAUUGAGCUACAUUAUCUGAUGUAAUGUCAGCUAUUAAUGAUACAAAUACAAAUACUUUGCCAUUAAACACUCGUAUUGCUUUAGCAUUUUUAAUGAGCUUGCUAGCUCUUGUUAUAAUGCUAGGAAAUGCUGUGGUCAUUUUAGCUUUUGUGGUGGACAAAAACCUUAGACAUCGAAGUAAUUAUUUUCUCCUUAACUUGGCUAUUUCUGACUUCUUUGUUGGUGUGAUCUCCAUUCCUUUGUACAUCCCUCACACACUGUUCAAAUGGAAGUUAGAAGAUAACAUCUGUGCAUUCUGGCUCAUUAUUGACUAUCUUUUGUGUACAGCAUCUGUGUAUAACAUUGUACUCAUCAGCUUUGAUCGAUACCAGUCAGUCUCGAAUGCUGUAUCUUACAGAACUCAGCACACUGGGAUCUUGAAGAUUGUGGCUCUGAUGGUGGGCGUCUGGGUGUUGGCCUUCUUAGUACAUGGGCCAGUAAUUCUAGUUUCAGAGGCUUGGAAGCAGGGGAAGCAAGAUUGUGAACCUGGAUUCUUAAAGGAAUGGUAUGUCCUUGCCAUCACAUUAUUCUUCGAAUUCCUGGCCCCAGUCUUGUUAGUAGCUUAUUUCAACCUGUAUAUUUACUGGAGCCUAUGGAAGCGUGGUCAUCUCAGUAGGUGCCAAAGCCAUUGUGGACUCACUCCUGUCUCUUCUGGUAGCUGGGGACACUCAUUCAGGUGUGGACUGUUUUCAAGGACAUCUCUUUCUGACCCGAAGGAAGCAGCAGCAUCCCUUCAUUCUGAGAGACCAAGAAGAAAGAGUACACUCUGGUUUUCCUUAAGAACCCGGAUGAGUAGUCUAACUGCUUCCAAAAAGGGCUUCCUCUCCCAUUCAGAUUCCCUAGCUCUUCACCAAAAAGAACAUCUUGAACUACUCAGAGCCAGAAAAUUAGCCAGGUCAUUGGCCAUUCUUUUAGGUGUUUUUGCCAUUUGCUGGGCUCCCUAUUCUCUGUUGACAAUUAUUCGUUCAAUUUACCCCACAAAUCCGUUUCCUUCAACAGCUGUGUACGAGUUCGCAUUUUGGCUUCAGUGGUUCAAUUCCUGUGUCAAUCCAUUUUUGUAUCCACUGUGUCACAAGCGUUUUCAGAAGGCUUUCUUGAAAAUAUUUUGUCUGAAAAAGCAAUCCACACUAUCAAACAAUCGGUCAACGUCCUCUUAAGGACAAUCUUCUUGCUUAUGUAAAUUUCAGCCUUACUCUCACCUACAUGAAUUUGGUCUGGCUUUCAUCUUGCCCUUUCCACUUUACUGAAAAAGUCCAUAAAAUUGUAACACGUGAAAACUUAAAAAAACACACAAAGGAACCCAGAAGUCAGCAGAAAAUAAUUCCAGUGAGUAACAGCAGCAUAAAAAGAAAUUGACAACAAUAUUUUUGUAAAUUCAUUGUCACAAAAGCACUAUAUUUUUUUUGUGGUCACCACUUCUUUGUCUUUUAGAUCGUAAGAUAACAUUUAUUGUGAAAUUCAAGAGUUUUGGUUUUCUUUCUAUGUUCAGUGUGCUACAGUUUUAAGUGAAUUUCCCUUUUUAUUUUACAGUAUUUUUCAGUAAUGAAAACUCAUCAAGUUUUAAGAUCAUUCCCUAAAGCAUACAAUAGAAAAACGAGCUCUAUUGCCCUCUCUGCUGGGGGUCGGUAACUAUUAUGGUCAUUGGGCAGGCGAGUUGGCGUUUGAGUUGGCAGGAGAAGGGGGUGAGGGUGCUCAGUGGAAGAGCAGAGGGCAUGUAUACCUCCAGACUCCAUAUUCCUGAUCCCAGAAAAGAAGGAAGUGGCAGAUGAGGGAGCAAAAAGGAGGCAAUUGCAGCUGUCAGCGUCCUUAGCGAGGUUGUCUCAGAAGCCUGGAGGUCACAGGAUACCAGAGUGAAAAGCAGGCAACAGUCACCAAUGGGUUGAAAGGAUGGCUUUCCCUAUUCCUUCCUGCCCCCUUCUCCCAACUUCCACACCGGCUAAAACUUCUCUUUGAGAAAAUAUGGAAGAAAGAGAAAGGCUAAGAGAUACGAAAGGACUAUACGAUUAAACCUGGUGUACCUAUGUAACAUUCACAGACCUAGUGUAUGUUAAUUAAUUAUGAAUAAAAUCUACUUCUCUGUU